AUGUUUUCCAGGCUUCCCAGCUGGCGUGUAUGUUGUAAAGAGAGUUCUUCAGCUUCAGCUUCAUCAUAUUACUCUCAAGAUGACAACUGUGCGCUAGAAAAUGAAGACAUACAAUUUCAGAAAAAGGAUGAAAGAGAGGGACCUACUAAUGCAGAAUUAUUGGGAAAAUUGGGUUCAAAUUUGCCCAUUCCUCCAGAAGAAAAUAAAUUAAAAGAUGACUGUAUUGUGGAUGUACAACAUACAGAGUCAGGAAAGUUAAAUCCACCUGUGGUUGAGACACUCCCUGCAGUUGAUUUGCAUGAAGAUACUUCCAGUGCAGUUGGGAACAGUGAAGAUGCUGAAAAUAUUUCCAGCUCAUCUACCUCAGAAAUCACUCCAGUCUCAAAGCUUGAUGAAAUAGAUAAAGCUGGUACUAUCCCAAUAGCCAAGGCAAGUGAAACUGAGCAAUCUGAAACUGACUGUGAAGUUGGUGAGGCCCUGGAUGCAGAUGCAACAGUGGAACAGCCUUCCUUUGUCAGUCCACCUGAAAGCCUUGUUGGCCAACAUAUAGAAAAUGUGUCAUCUUCACAUGGCAAAGGAAAGAUAACAAAAUCAGAAUUUGAAUCAAAAGUUUCACCAAAUGAACAAGGUAGCAAUGAUCCAAAAUCUCCAUUGAGUGCUUCAGAUCAUUUAAAAAAUGAGAGUGCUGAUAUUACAAAACCAGGAGAAACUGACCCUACAUCUGUAGUAAAUCCCAAAGAUCCAGAAGAUAUACCAACAUUUGAUGAAUGGAAGAAGAAAGUUAUGGAAGUAGAAAAAGAAAAAAGUUUGUCUGUAGGUCAGUCAUUGCAUCCAUCUUCCAAUGGAGGGCCACAUGCCACCAAAAAAGUCCAGAAAAAUCGAAAUAAUUAUGCCUCAGUAGAAUGUGGUGCCAAAAUUUUGGCAGCUAAUCCAGAAGCCAAGAGUACAUCUGCUAUUCUCAUAGAAAACAUGGACCUUUAUAUGUUGAAUCCUUGCAGCACUAAAAUUUGGUUUGUUAUUGAACUUUGUGAGCCAAUUCAAGUAAAACAGCUUGAUAUCGCAAAUUAUGAAUUAUUUUCUUCUACUCCUAAAGACUUUUUGGUUUCUAUCAGCGACAGAUAUCCCACAAAUAAAUGGAUUAAGCUGGGUACUUUCCAUGGUAGAGAUGAGCGGAAUGUCCAGAGUUUCCCUUUAGAUGAACAGAUGUAUGCAAAAUAUGUGAAGGUAAUGUUUAUGUAUAUAAGAUGUUCAUCAAGUACAUAA